CUUGUAUUUAAGAUUAACGUCUGGUGAAAUCUAAAUAAGACUUUGAAACUCUCUCCUAGGUCUCAAAAACACUUUAACUGUUCAGAAAAUGAAGCAGACAAAUCUCCUGCUUCUAGGGUUCUUAUGGGCUUAUUGUUUUAGCUAUGUUUUUGUGAUAAACGCAGAGGACCCUUAUCUUUUCUUCACUUGGACUGUUACUUAUGGAACCAGAUCUCCUUUAGAUGUUCCUCAGCAGGUUAUUCUUAUUAAUGGCCAGUUCCCUGGUCCUCCAAUUGAAGGUGUAACAAACAAUAACAUCGUUGUUAAUGUCAUUAACAAGCUUGACGAACCUUUCCUCAUCACAUGGAACGGAAUUAAGCAGAGGAGAAUGUCGUGGCAAGACGGAGUUUUAGGAACAAACUGUCCGAUCCAACCAAACUCGAAUUGGACUUACCAUUUUCAACUUAAGGACCAAAUAGGUACUUAUACUUACUUUGCUUCCACGUCGAUGCACAGAGCAAGUGGUGCUUUUGGUGCACUCAACGUUCACCAGAGAUCAGUCAUAUUCGUUCCUUAUCCUAAACCAGACGGUGACUUCACCCUCCUCGUCAGUGAUUGGUACAAGAUGAGCCAUAAGCAACUGCGAAAGAGGCUCGACUCGGGUCGUGCUCUUCCUCUUCCUGAUGGUCUUCUCAUCAACGGUGCUUCUAAAGGUUUAGUCUUUACCGGUCAACAUGGCAAGAUCUACAGGUUUCGGAUAUCAAAUGUCGGGAUAUCGACAUCAAUUAACUUUAGGAUACAAGGACACAUGAUGACCCUCGUUGAAGUAGAAGGCUCUCACACUCUGCAAGAGGUCUAUGAGUCGCUUGACGUACACGUUGGUCAGUCCGUGACCGUUCUUGUCACAUUGAAGGCUCCAGUGAAGGACUACUUCAUCGUGGCUUCAACCCGGUUUACCAAACCGGUGCUGACCACUACAUCAAUCCUCCGUUAUCAAGGCUCCAAAAUUAGACCAUCUCGUCCCCUCCCCAUUGGUCCUACUUACCAUAUACAUUGGUCCAUGAAACAAGCAAGAACCAUCAGGUUAAAUUUGACGGCAAAUGCAGCAAGGCCUAACCCACAAGGAUCGUUUCACUAUGGUACCAUACCGAUAAACCGAACUCUGGUUCUAGCCAACGGGAGAACGAGGAUCAACAAGAAACUCCGGUACACAGUGAACCGUGUGUCGUACGUUAACCCAACAACUCCGUUGAAAUUAGCCGACUGGUACAACAUUCCCGGAGUGUUCAAUUUCAGAACCAUUAAGAACAUUCCAACACCUGGACCAUCCAUCUUCGGAACGUCGGUCUUUGAUGUCGCUCUUCAUGAGUACGUUGAGUUUGUGUUUCAGAACAACGAGAGAUCUAUCCAGUCUUGGCACAUUGACGGCACUAACGCCUAUGUUGUUGGAUACGGGUCUGGCACAUGGAACAUGGCCAUGAGGAGACGUUACAAUUUGGUUGAUGCUGUUUCAAGGCAUACAUUUCAGGUGUAUCCAAUGUCGUGGACGAGCGUAUUGGCAUCACUAGACAAUAAAGGAAUGUGGAAUGUGAGGUCACAAAUAUGGUCAAGGAGAUACUUAGGACAAGAGCUCUAUGUUCGUGUCUGGAACAACGAAAAGUCUCUUUACACCGAAGCCGAGCCUCCUGUUAAUGCUCUCUUCUGUGGAAAAGCCAAACGUCCCCGUUAGAUUAAAUUUACUAAUAAUAUUUUUCGUCAUUGUUUUGUUUUUUCUUCUUAUAUAUCUGAGGUUGUUAUGAAAUAGGCCACGAGGGUGUGUGUGACGUUUAGCAUACAGACACUCUUAUGUAACGUUCAGUGAUGGGUUUCAAAUCAGACACUCAUAUAUAUUAAUGAUACGACUUCCAACACAAUCAAAAAGAAAAGUUAACUU